UCUAUUUGUCAUCUAUCUCUCUCUCUCCUCUUUCCCAAAUGCCGCGCGCGUGGCGUGAUUUGCGCUCAGCAGCGCGAUAGUUGCGCAGCGCCGGAUGCGCGUCGCUCGGAGCGGACAGGACGAACAUGGCGUCGGAGGGAGCCGAGCAGCCGCCCGCCGCGGUCCAGACUCUGGCCACCGCCGCGCCGCCGGGGAGCGUCGACACGAAAUGUGAGUUCAACAUGGAUAACCUGAGCAAGCCCGAGUUGCUCACCCUGCUGAGCAUCAUGGAGGGAGAGCUGGAGGCCCGGGACCUGGUCAUCGAGGCCCUGAGGGCGCAGAGGAAGGAGGUGUUCCUCCAGGAGCGCUACGGCCACUACAGCCUCACCGACCCCUUCCUGGCCCUGCAGAGGGACUUCGAGUGCGGGGGAGGGGACAAGGAGCGCCGGCCCCUGGGCUCAAGCCCCGCCUCCGUCCUGGAGGCCGUCAUGGGGCACUGCAGGAAGAUGCAGGAGCGCAUGGCGGCGCAGCUGGCCGCCGCCGAGGGCCGGCAGAAGAGGCUGGAGAUGGAGAAGCUGCAGCUGCAGAGUCUGGAGCAGGACCACCGCGCGCUGACGGCGCAGCUGAAGGACGAGCGCGAAAAGAACAAGCACAUCGUGGUGAUGCUGGUGCGCGAGUGCAAGCAGCUCGCCGUGCGCGCGGCGGAGGAGUCGGGGCGCCACGACGAGCUGCGGGCGCGUCUGGACGAGGACGGCCGCGCCGCCGCCAGCCGCCUGCGCGACGAGCUGGGCGGCGAGCGGCGGCGCGGCCAGCAGAUGGAGGCCAAGAUGGAGAAGCAGCUGUCGGAGUUCGACACGGAGCGCGAGCAGCUGCGCGCCCGGCUGGGCCGCGAGGAGGCCGAGGGCCACGGGCUGCGGCGGCAGCUGGAGCGGCUGCGGACCGAGCGGGAGGACUGCGCCCGGCCCGCCGCGGAGCAGGCCGCCGCGUCUGUGUCCGUCGCCACGGAGCCCGUGAGCUCUCGAACGGCGUCCUGCCAAACGGACCCGCCCCCCCCCGCCGAGGCCGAGGCUCCCCCCAAGAAGAACCCGCUCGGCGUCUCCGUCAAACCGGCGCCCGCCAACUACGCGGUCCUGAGUCUGCCGAAGAGCGGCGGCGGCCGGGGGGUCUCGGGGUCGCCGGCGCAGACGGAGAACGGCUCGGAGGGCGGGGCGCCGCCGCCGCACGGCGUCAGCCCCCGCGUCCAGGCGGCCCGCUACAAGUUCCAGGAGCAGGACCAGAACGGCACGGCGUGCCAGAGCCCCCCGGCCCGCGACCCCUCCCCCACGCCCGCCACCCGGGACAACUACGCCGCCAAGCAGCAGGCGCGCCACACCGUCACGCAGGUCCUCUCGCGCUUCACCAGCCCGGCGGCGGGCGGCAGCGGCGGCUCGCUGCGCCCCGGCCUGCCCCACUCCGCCUCCGAGGGGGGCGGCGCCCCUUUCUCCGGCCGCCUGAGUCACCCCAUCGGCAUCAAGUCGCCCACGGUGGCCAGGAUCGACCGCGGGGCCCCGCCCCCCAUCCCGCCCAAGAAGCCGGGGCUCUCCCAGACCCCCUCUCCUCCUCAUCCGCCCGUCAAGGGGCCGGGGGGCGAGGGCGGCGGCGGCCGCUCCCCCGGCGCCGCGCUCAAACCGGCCACGCCCCAGCUUCCCCCCAAACCCGCCCUGGACCUGGUCCCGGCCCCGACGGCCUCUCAGGUGGGUGCCUGCCCCCGGCGGCAGCAGCCGGCGGCAGCAUGCGCAGAGUGCCCCCCCGUCAUCGCCACUGUCAGUAGCCCCUCCUCCAUAAACCCCCCCCCCUCCUCCACCUCCAUUAGCGCUCCAUCCUCCCGUAGCGCCCUGGCAGCAGCAGCAGGCUGGUGUCCCUCCGUAGCCCCCCCCCCCCGGGGCGGAGGGCCUGCUGCCCUGGACGGCGGGCGCUCCCUGCUCCCCCAAGCUGCUUCCCAGGGAAAUGUCACUUUAUUGUCAAUGCUGCUUAACCAACCAGACCCGACCACCUCCAGCUCCACCUCCAGCUCCACCUCCAGCUCCACCUCCAGCUCCACCUCCACCGACUCCACGGAGAACAAGCCCAAUCUACUCGACCACGACCUCUACCACGACCACGUCUCCGCCUUGUUUGCUGCUGCUCAGAAUGGACACGCAGACUCGUACCGGGUCCAGGUGUGUCUCCGGCGUCCGGGCGGCGGGGGGGCGGGCUCCCUGCGCCCCGCAGAGGCCGUGGAGGAGGAGGCGGGCGGCGUCACCGGCAGCCGGGCGCCGCUGGGCCGCGUGCUGGUGGACCGGUCCACGCGCUGGAGCCAGCUGGGCGCCGCGCUCGGCCACGCCUUCAACGCCUACCUCCGGACCGUCUGCGGCGAGGAGGCGGAGCAGCAGCGCCCGCCGCUCGGCCUCGGCGCCGCCAGCAUCGCCUCCAUCCUUAUAGGUCUGUCUGACUCGUGUCUCGAUGAGUUGGCUCUGGAGCAUCUCUUCCCGCUGCCACUGCUGCACGACUACGUCCGCCUGGUGGAGCAGUAUGGUUUUCUCAUAUUUCACGGCCUUGAGGGAAGUUGUGAGGAAUCGAUCGCCCGCCUGGUCGCCCGCUGCGUCAAGUCCAGGCAGGAGAUGGGGGGGCUCGGCUGUGAGGUGGUGACGGUGGAGGUGGAGGAGAGCCUGACCAAGGAGACGCUGCUGGAGACCUUUGUCACCUGUGGCUUCCUGGUCCCGGUCUUGGUCCCGGGCCCCCCUGGGCCCCCGGGCCCCCCUGGGCCCGGUGUGGUGGUGCUGCUGGAGGGUCUGAAGAAGGCCUCCUCCCUCAGCGGCCUCCUGGAGGACCUGUGCCACAGCUUGGACAACCGGGGCUCCGCCGGCCCGCUGGUCCUCAACACCGGUGCACACCGCUUCCGCGAGGGCAGCUUCCUGAUCGCCACGCUGUCGAAGCCCCGCCUCCAGCAGCACUUCCGCUGGGUGACGCUGCGCUGGGACCGCGAGCCGCUGCUCGGCCUCCUGGGAAGGCACCUCCGCAGGAAGCUGCUGCACGAGCUGGUUGUCUCGGCUCUGGAACACCGUGGUCGUCCCGCGCGUGGAGGUGGAGGAGGCCGUCAUCAGGCGGCUGACAGCCAAGCGCUGCUCCUCCUCCUCCUCCUCCUCCUCGUCUCCCACCCCGCAGCCUGAGCGCCGGGCAGCAGGCCGUGGUGAAGGCGGCGCUCGGCAUCCUGGUGACCCAGGCCGUCCUCCAGGGCUGCCCCCUCCCCC